AUGACUUGCAUCCACCCUCAGCACGCCCCCCCCCCUGGGUCCCCCCAGCUCUACGAUCUCAACCUGGGCCUCUCCGACUUCCAGAGCACGGACUUUAUCGCCAGACUCACCUCGAACGUCCCCCAUGUCCCCACCCCCGCCCUGCCCAGCAUCAACUCCCUGGUCGACCCCCACCACGACUUCAACUCUUAUUCCUGUCAGUUUACGGCGGCCCCGGGCAUGGAGACCCCCUUUAAACUGGACGACCUCCAGGUGUACGGAUGCUACCCGGGCGGGGCUUUCUCACUGAGCUUCCCCGAUGAAUCUUCCUCUCCUGGGGGGUCAGAUUUCACCUCCUCCCCCUCCACCCCUCGCUUCCAGCCUUCCUCCGGCUGGGACCCCUCUUACGGCGCCUCGUUCUGGGCUCCAGACGACCCCUCUAACCCCCAGGAGGCGUCGUUCUUCACCUUCAGCUCCGUGGAGGAUCUGUCUCAUCUUCAGGAUCCUUUCUCCCCUCCCCCUCCCCCAAUGAGCUGCUUCUCUUUGGAGGCGGGGUCCGAGCAGCUGGACGGCAGCUUAUCGCCGAAGUUGAAAAGCCUCUCAGGAAACGAGGGGUGCUGCGCGGUGUGCGGAGACAACGCCUCCUGUCAGCACUACGGGGUCCGGACCUGUGAGGGCUGCAAGGGCUUCUUCAAGCGAACAGUUCAGAAGAACUCCCGGUACGUUUGCCUCGCCUCCAAAGAGUGUCCGGUGGACAAGAGGAGGAGGAACCGCUGCCAGUUCUGCCGCUUCCAGAAGUGUCUGAACGUGGGGAUGGUGAGGGAAGUCGUGAGGACGGACGGUCUGAAAGGUCGCAGAGGUCGUCUGCCGUCAAAGCCGAAGGUCGUUGCCGAGGCGACGGCUGCGUCCUCCGUGUCUCCGGUCAGUCUGAUCGCUGCUCUGGUCCGAGCGCACAUCGACUCCAACCCCGGGGUGGGGAAGCUGGAUUACUCCAAGUACGAGGAGACGCCGGUGAGUCCGACCCAGAAGGUGGACUCCUCUGACGUGCAGCAGUUCUACGAUCUGCUCACUUCCUGCACGGAGGUGGUGAGGAUUUGGGCUCAGAACAUCCCGGGUUUCUCAGAGUUCUGCCUCGAGGACCGGGAGCUGCUGCUCGAGUCGGCCUUCGUCGAACUCUUCAUCCUGAGGCUGGCCUAUCGCUCGGACCCUGACCUGCAGAAGCUGGUGUUCUGCAGCGGAGCGGUGCUUCACAGAGCUCAGUGCGUCCGGGGCUUCGGGGACUGGAUCGACUCCAUUUUAGAGUUCUCUCAGAGCCUUCAUCGCAUGAAGCUCGACGUUUCCUCCUUCUCCUGCCUCACUGCGCUCGUCAUCAUCGCUGACAGACACGGUCUCAAAGAGCCGAAGCGAGUGGAGGAUCUUCAGAACCAGCUGAUCACCUCCCUGAAGGACCACCUCUCCGCCUGCGGGUCAGACUCCCUCCGGCCUCAUUACCUGUCCCGGCUGCUGGGGAAGCUUCCUGAGCUCCGGACUCUCUGCACUCAGGGACAUCAGCGCAUCUUCUACCUGAAGCUGGAGGACCUCGUGCCCCCGCCGCCCAUCGUGGACAAAAUCUUCAUGGAUACGCUCCCGUUCUGAGGAGGAAAUCUGUGAGGGAAAAUCUGGAGAUUGUAUAAGACAACAGACUGAUUUUAUAAAACUGCACCGCAGCUUAUGGAGCUGAAGCUGACUGUUCACAUGCAACAAGCUGGAGGCCUUUCUGAUGGAGGGACGAGGAUUAUACUGCCAAAGUUGCAAAGUUACACAUUUAAUGCAAUUACUAACUGUAACGAGCACAAGUUAAGCAUUUUGAAAAAUAGCUUACAUGUCUUUUCUAACAGUCUUUUGACUUUAAAUUGCACCUUAAAUAUCAAAGUAGGGCUGAAACAUUUGGGGAAACAUAUUAUAAAUGCGAUUAUUUGACCUGGUGUUGUCACGAUUCGACAGGAAGGCGGACCCAAGAGCAGUCAAAACAAGAUAAAUAAUUUACUUUGAUUGACAAACAAGCUGAUAACAAAGAACAACUAAACAGGUACAAACCGGGGAACAUGGGGGAAGGAUCAUAGGAAAAAUGGACUGGAACAAUCAUGGGAUCAACGACUAACCGACAAGGUUUGACAAGACUAUGGUUGCGGUCGAAUUGUCCAAAAAUCAGCUCCUAUCGUCUUCUCCUAACCACUAUUCCUUGACCUCUGUGUGAAAAGUCACGGGGUCAAGGAUUAGUGUUUAGGAGAAUUCAAAAGGACUUAGGGGAAGGCGACCGGGCUUCAAGAGAAUCCGACUGCACUUAAACUAUCGACGUAUUAUGGUGAUGUUAUUAAUGUGCGUCUGCUGUGGGGAAACUAUAUUUGAUAAUUGCGUUAAAAUUCCCAUUAAUUGUUCAGCCCUACGAUAAAGCAUUUCUAUUUUAUUCACAGCAGAAGUAUUACAAAUGUCAGAUCAAAUACUUCAAUCGCUCUGGUAUAUUCUCAAUGAUUUCACCACAAAACCCUCCUCCCAGCCCCUCAGAGCUCCAGUUCUCUCUGUAUAAUAUAACCACUGUAUGUUUGUGGUUAUAGUAAAGUAGGUUAACCUACAGUAUCCUUCAGUGGUAUCGUUCGUGUAUCAUGAAUAACACUGAGCAGCUGUGUGUGUGUGUGUGUGUGUGUCCAGUCUCAAACACACACACACACCUUAUGUAGAUUAUUUUAAAAUCUGUUCGACACAUGAACUGUAUCCUGCAGUUUGAGGAAAAUGUACGUAUGUUUGUUUUGGAUUAUUUUUACAUGCUGAAAAGUUUUAUUUUACUGCAGAAAAACAUGAAAUAAAAAACUGUAUAUUUCAAA